AUGCCCAGUGAUCCACAUGUACCUCCUGCAGCCCUCGUGUCUGUAGUUCCCAUAGUUCCUGCUGUGCCCAUGUCUCUUGCAACCCAUGAGUCUGCACCUUCUCCACCUGCAUCAACAUCAACAUUUCCCUCAUCUCCUGCAGCCCUUAUGUCACCAGUUGCAGUGACUCCUGUUGUGGCUGAGCCUCUCAUAACUCAUGGAUAUACAACUCCUGCCCCACCUGCAGCAGAUGAGGCCCCUGCAUCUAACAUGUCUAUGAGCAUUGUGGAGAUCAUUCUGUUGUAG